AGUCUCUCUCUGUAGCUGAAACUCCCAGAAAAAGUCAAAAACCCCUCGAAAAAACACCCCGGAGGAAGAGGAAAAUAGAGGAGGGGAAAACGCAGCCGUCGUUGGGAGAUGAAGCCCUCCAAGAAGAAAUCGAAGAAGAAGAAGAGUCCCUCGCCGGCGGCGACCGAGGGGGCGGCGCCGACACCACCGGCGGCGGAUUCCUCCCCUGGCGUUUCCUACUCGCCGGUCUCCGAAACCCUAACCCUAGCAGCAGCCGCUGCAGCGGUGGCUGCUUCGGAGACCGAAUCGAGCGGCAGCAGCGGCGGCGAGGCCUCCGCGUACACGCGCGCCUUCACCUCCAGCUCGUCGGGGACCGCCUCCACCUCCUCGUUGUACGCCCCCUCGUCGUCCGACUCCGCGGCGUCCUCGUCGGCCACUGGAGACGAGCGGCAGGACCUCGCCUGGCUGCUCGAGGCCUUCGGAAGCGCCUCGAUCGACCAGGUGGAGUCCGCCUACCGCGAGGCGGGCUGCGAUCCCUUUCUCGCGGCCGGCAUCCUGAGCUCUUCGCAAGAGCUACAGCCGCCGCAGCCCCCUCCGCCGCCAGAUCUCUCGCCGUGCGCCGGAUCUGCUGGAAGGAAGGCUGCUCGCAGGCCUAGGAAGCUUGCCGUGGCCGCGUCUGGCAUGGUUGCGGACGUGAUUGGCAAGGGCUACUCGCGGCCUGCCACUCCGCCUGUAACCGCGACCAAUGGGUGGAAGGAUAGGGACGGAGGAGCCGUGAGCAAUGCCUGGACUUGUGAUAGAAACAGGGAGAGAGAUAGCGGAUCUGGUGAUCGCAAGUAUAAUGCCGAGGAGGCCGAACAGUUCCUAUGCUCCAUGCUGGGCGAUAAUUCUGAGCUUAGCAUGGGCGUGGUCAGGGACGUGCUCGGUCAGUAUGGAUAUGAUGUUGAAAUGGCUCUGGAUACAUUACUUGAUAUAUCUGGUAUGGGAUGGUGCAAUCCUAAUGCUGAAAAGAACAGCAUACACUCUUCAAAUGUCUACCAAGGAAAUGGACUAUCUGAGGAAACUUUUACUGGAAGCAUUAAACAAAGUCCACACCAGUUCCCAGAAGAAAUACCCGGUACGACAUACCACCACUCUGAAAAACAACAUGAGUUCUUCUGGGGGGUACACCAGGGCAGCUACAUGAAGGCUGUUUGCGAGGUGCAACACUUGGCAGCAUCGCCUUCAAGACCAACAGUGGUGAAUUCCAAGAUGCCACAACAAGUUUUGGAGUCCCUUUUUAAAGUACCCGAACAACGCACAUAUGAGCAUGAGCCAAGUAAAAUGGACUGGAAAAAGGUCGUGAAGAAGCUUCAAUCAUACAAUCAUCCCGUCACAGCAAACAAUCAAGAAAGACAGAAAAAUGGGGAUGGGUAUCAAGAGUUCCGUGGUGUUGCUGCAAGGCAUUAUGACGAAAUGAAAGGAUACUACCAGAAAGCUGCACUGGCAUAUUCCAAAGGAGACAAAUCUUAUGCCUCAUACCUUGCGGAGGAGGGGAAACAUUAUAGAGAAUUAGGUCGCAAGGAAGAUGAGAAGGCCAGUAGGGAGAUAUUUGAAGCCAGAAAUAAGCAUAUAACAAAUACAGUGACCAUUGACUUGCAUGGUCAACAUGUCAAACAAGCCAUGAAGCUUCUCAAGGUUCACAUGCUGGCUUGUGUAUGCAUGCCAUCUACCCUUCUCAGAGUAAUUACUGGCUGUGGUGGUGAAGGUACAGGGAAGGGUAAAAUAAAACGAGCGCAUGUGGUUGGAUGUUGCACCUUCAAAAGCUUUCCAUAUUUGGUGUUUUGUUUGUAAGGUAAUGGCGCUUGUAGAGAGGGAACACAUCGAAUGGUAUGCAGGCAAUUCCGGAACCUUAGUGCUACGACUUGGCGGGCCGAGAGAAUACCGAUUUCUAGAGCAUGAGAGCGAUUCUGACUAAGUUAAAGCAUUCAGGUGUCCAUUUUGGGGAGUCUGACAUAGAUUAAUCGCCCUUCUAAUCUAUGUAUCUCCUGUAUCUAUCUGUAUUUACAUGUCCUGUAAUUAUGGAUAGGAGACCUAGGUUCUGGCGUAGCAUGUAGUCUCUGACACAUAGUUUGGGGAUAGCAAAGAGGAAAGUUGGCGCUGCCUGAUGGUAUGAUCAUUCUUGGCUGCUGACCUUGUAAUGUACUCUUGAGGCUACGUACCUGUAACUGUUUUAUGUGCUACUCGGGACAUUGUAAGACUGGAACGGCUGAAGUGGAUGGGAAUGGAUCUAAUUAUUAUCUCAUGUAUAAUUAUAUUCAACAAGGUUCCUUUUAAAGUCAAUACUAUGCAUCUUUUUCGGAA